AUGAUGUCCAUCGCCAACUCUUUGGCCCCCCCUCAACAACUCGUGAUCUCCACGCAAAUGCCAAUUGUCCCAGAGAUGAUGGCCCCUAUCAUCAUCACUGGCGAGCCGGUCACACAGGCUCAUACGGACGAAACUGUUUUGGUUGAUUCGACACCAUUUUCCCCGCGCACGGUGGCCCAAUGGCCUAGCAAGACAAGCAACGGGUCGACUCCGACUCUUAUUGGCAUCCCAACUGAAUAUCAGAGCCUGGAUUCUGCUUCCCAGGGAGCGUACGCCGCCGAUACUAAACCCCCAAUGCCCACCGUUUUCCGCUUUGAGCUUACCCUCCAGAAGGCCGACACGUCACAGAAGGAAGACUACCCAUCUGAGGAUGAGGAGAGCAUCCGCCUCCACCGAAAUAGACUCGCCGCUACUAAGUGUCGACCCAAGAAUAAUGAUGAAGCUGAUAGCCUCGAAAUCCUCGCACGGGAGCUUGAGCCCAAGAACCACUACUACUUGAUUCCAACCAAGACCGAGGGGCGUGAUGACGUGUACUACCUUAAGAACGAGAUACUUCACCGCUCCGAGUGUGAUUCGGACCUCAUCCAGGACUAUCUCCUCGACGAAGCUGGACACCGCGCGAAGAGAGGCAUAACCAAAACCAUCCCCAAGCGCACCGGUACUGCCAAGACUCCACGAACUCUCCAAAUUGCCCAGUGA